UGUGUUGAACGUUUUAUAACAGUUUAGCUUAAUUACGAUAUAUCUGUAUACAGUUAUAGAUGUGUAUUGUAAUUUAGCUGAAAUGUUCCCCUACAGAGGCAAGAAACCCGUUUCGUCAUUUUUAUUGAUAGGCAACUUUUUGCUGAUUUUCUCUCACGUAGAGUUAGUCUUCGGAUAUGAGACUACCUAUGAAUUUGGAGAAAACUGCUCAUCAUACAUUAACGAUUUAGAUACGGAUGAUGAAAUGUACGUUGAGUACAAAGGAAAACCAGUUAGUUUCUUUUGCGACAACUUUAAAUUCAGAGGAAGUGGAGAUGACAUCUUUGACGAGUACUCCGUCUGUGUGACUCCUCUUUAUUUCAAUGACAGUGACUGUGCAGUCAAAUUAAACUUCAAAACGUCCUAUUGGGGAGUCACUAAACUCAACAUAACAUGCACUGAAAAUAAAAGCGCCAGGUAUUGUGGAGCGCAAAAAGAAAUGAUCUACAUAGAAUUCAAGAACCGAAAUGACAAAGAAACACAUGGAGCAAAGUUUAAGCUUAAGAUCACAGCAAAGAGAGAUUAUGACUACAACAGACCCAAUUCCUCUGCUAUUCCAUCUGGUGCCAUAAUUGGGGGUCUCUUUGGCAGCUUCUUUCUUAUCACAGUUUGCAGUGAUAUAGUUUGCCGGUGUCUAGGUAUACGGAAACCAUCUCAGGGGAGAGUACGUACAUGUAAUCCGACAGAAGGAAAUCCGGCUACGGCUAACCUGUAUAUGGUCUAUGAUGCCGAAACACAACAGAGCACAAUGACGACACCCUCCAAUGUUACAUCCCCAAGUGGUUAUCCAGUGACAUUACAUCCAUCACAGCAUGUAGCAGCAUGUCCACCGAUAAUUGACAACAAGUUUUCAAGUCCACCUCCCAGCUAUGACUCGUUGAUGGAGUCGUCAACCUCACACGUUAAAGGCGCAAUCCAAGAAUCGUCCUAAAUUCACCUGUUAUUAUGCUGUACGCACAACAGGUUCGAAUAAGUUUUUUGUCUCAUGGGAGACAAGAAUGCUCUAUAUUAAUGAAAACAUUUUUUCUUUCAACUUGAUACAAGUUUUAUACUUGCAUCCAGUCUCAGUUUGAAGGAAGGGGAAAAGCUCGACCUAAAUUUAGCUUUUAAUAUCUUCAAGAAGUAACAAAUGAAAUUACGUAACCUUUAAGAUUUAUUUUCCAAUUAAAAUGAUAUUCACUAUUCAUAUCAAUAUUGAUAUCAACUUGCUUCAACCUUUCAAUUUAAAGCCUUUUAAAUUGAAAGUUCAAAAAUUGAGAUUGGCCUUUCCUAAAUCCCUAUUCUCUGUCAUCAAUAUUUGGAUAUUAAACAAAAUAAUCUGAUGGGACCACAGCGUUAAAAAUAUUGCGCUUACUCUGUAUUUUAUUGUUCCCGGUUUAAAGAUAUUCAUGUGCCAUAUUUGCUUUUUUUUGUAGAUUUUACAAGGACAAUUACAGUGUAUAGAUUGAAUUUGAUGAUUAUAAUAAUGAUUAUAAGAUUAUAACUAUAAUGAUAAUUAAACUAUAC